AUGUCGCUCUCGACAAGGAUAUUGCAGAAAAUCGUGCGGAACGAGGCCAUGGCCUCGGAUCCGCCCGAGAUCUACGGCUGGCGUGUGUAUCUGCUUGCCUGCUCAGCCUGCUUCGGCGCCAUGUCCUUCGGCUGGGACUCGUCCGUCAUCGGCGGUGUUAUCAUCAUGGACCCCUUCGUGAAAGACUUUGCCCUGGGCGAUCCCAAGUCCGUCGCAUCUGCCAAUCUCGCUGCCAAUAUCGUCUCGACUCUCCAGGCCGGUUGUUUCGCCGGUGCUCUCGUGGCCUCUCCCAUGACCGACCGCUUCGGCAGAAAAUGGUGUCUCAUCGGCGUCGCCAUGGUCAUCAUCGUCGGCAUCAUCAUGCAGGCGGCAGCCAACGGCAACCUAGGGCCCAUGUACGCCGGCCGUUUCGUCGCCGGUCUCGGCGUCGGCGCUGCCAGUACCAUCAACCCCAUCUACGUCUCCGAGAAUUCCCCACGUGCCAUCCGCGGCCUGCUCACCGGUCUAUACCAACUCUUUAUCGUUACGGGUGGCAUGAUUGCCUUCUGGAUCAAUUACUCGGUCACCGUCAACUUCCCCGCGACCAAGAUACAGUACAUCUUCCCACUCGCCAUCCAGGCGCUUCCCGCCGUGCUGCUGUGCGUCUGCAUGUUGAUGUGCCAAGAAUCUCCCCGGUGGCUGGCUCGCAAGGACCGCUGGGAGGACACCAAGCACGUCCUGUCGCGUAUCCGCAACCUGCCGCCCACGCACCCGUACAUCCAGGACGAGUUCCAAGAGAUCGUCGACCAGCUCGAGCACGAGCGCAACCUAAUCGGCGACGCCACCUUCUGGAACCUGCAGCGCGAGAUGUGGACCAUCGCGGGCAACCGCCGCCGCGCGCUCAUCAGCAUCAUCCUCAUGAUCUGCCAGCAAAUGACCGGCACCAACGCCAUCAACACGUACGCUCCCACCAUCUUCCAGAACCUCGGCCUCACGGGCACCUCCACCUCACUCUUCAGCACGGGCAUCUACGGCAUCGUCAAGGUCACCAGCUGCAUCUGCUUCCUGCUCUUCAUGGCCGACUCGCUGGGCCGCCGCCGCAGUCUGCUAUGGACUUCCAUCGCCCAAGGCCUCGCCAUGUUCUAUAUCGGUCUAUACGUGCGCAUCGCACCGCCCAAGGCAGGCGAGCCUGUCCCGCCGGCCGGAUACUUUGCGCUCGUAUCCAUCUUUUUGUUUGCCGCCUUCUUCCAAUUCGGAUGGGGUCCCGCCUGCUGGAUCUACGCCAGCGAGAUCCCCGCCGCGCGCCUGCGCUCCCUCAACGUGUCCUACGCGGCGGCGACGCAAUGGCUCUUCAACUUCGUCGUCGCCCGCGCCGUGCCAACCAUGCUCAUCACCGUGGGGAGCGACGGAUACGGGACGUACCUCAUUUUCGGCAGCUUCUGCUUCGCCAUGUUCGUCUUCGUCUGGUUCUUUGUGCCCGAGACCAAGGGCAUCUCGCUCGAGCACAUGGACGCCCUGUUCGGCGUCACCGACGAGUCCAAGCCGUUGACCACCGAGCAAGCGGUCAGCGGGAACGAGAAGGUGAAGGAGAACGCGAACGGGAAGGACCAGGAGAAGGACAAGGACGCGCCCCACGCCCUCCAGACGGAGGUGGCGUAG